GUUGGGAACGAUUUCGGUCACUCGUUCAUUCGAACGACCCGUUCAAUUUGAUUCGUUCGUUCGCGAACGACACAUCUCUAUCUACCUAGCCGUCGUCAACCAACCAUUUUUUUAAAGUGAGGUUAAUUUUACAAACCGCGUGUAUUUGUAAUUUGUAACAUUGCGGUUCUAAAACACGUGUAAACAUAACCACAGAUACUAAAUACCAUUUUUAAAAAGAAAUAAUCAUGGGAAAGCCAGGAUUUUCGCCGGGUGGUCGCGGCGGCGGCGGCGGCGGUGGUUUUGGUGGACGUGGAGGAGGUGGUCGUGGGGGUUUUGGCGGUGGAGGGGGUAGAGGCGGCGGCGGUGGCGGAGGACGUUCAAGUUUCGGAAGAGGAGGCGGCGGCGGGGGUCGCCCUAGUUUUGGAAGAGGAGGUGGCGGAGGAGGUCGUGGUGGACGAGGAGGCGGCGGCCGUGGGGGAGGCCGUGGAGGCGGCAAGGGUGGAUUUAAAGGCGGGAAAACCGUUGUAAUUGAACCGCAUCGUCAUGAAGGAGUUUUUGUCGCAAGAGGCAAAGAAGAUGCUUUGGUGACAUUAAAUCUCGUUCCUGGUUCCGAAGUAUACGGAGAAAAAAGAAUUUCAGUAGAGAAUGACGGAAACAAAGUGGAGUACAGAGUGUGGAAUCCAUUCCGCAGUAAACUGGCUGCUGCAAUUCUUGGUGGAGUGGAUCAAAUUCACAUGCCUCCAGGCAGUAAAGUGUUAUAUCUUGGCGCCGCUUCUGGAACCACUGUGUCCCACGUGUCAGAUAUUGUUGGUCCCGAAGGAUUAGUAUAUGCAGUAGAAUUUUCUCAUAGAUCAGGUCGAGAUUUAAUAAAUGUGGCGAAGAAGAGGACCAAUAUCAUUCCAAUAAUAGAAGAUGCUAGACAUCCACAUAAAUAUAGAAUGCUGGUGGGAAUGGUUGACACUAUAUUUGCAGAUGUGGCACAACCUGAUCAGGCGAGAAUUGUGGCACUAAAUGCUCAACAUUUCUUGAAGAACAGUGGUCACUUCGUGAUAUCUAUUAAAGCAUCAUGUAUUGAUUCCACAGCACAACCAGAGGCGGUUUUUGCCGCUGAAGUGAAAAGGCUGCAAGCUGACCAACUUAAACCGCAAGAACAAAUUACGUUAGAGCCAUAUGAGAGGGAUCACGCUGUAGUGGUUGGGACAUUUAGGCCGCCGCCAAAAAAACAAUAAAAUUUAUGUAGAUGUACAAGUUUAUGUUUGGAAACAAAAAAAAAUCAUUUAGUUAUUGGAAACUAUUUUAUAAUGGCUAACCUUUAAUUUGACAGUUUGUCAUGUGUGCAAGGUAUAAAAUUUUUAUAGUAAA